AUGCACCAGAAGCGGAACAUACAGAUCAUAGAAUGGGAAGACCUGGACAAGAGGAAGUUCUACUCGUUCGGUGUCUUCAUGACCAUGUCGAUCCGCGCCGCCGUGUACCCCGCCACGCUCAUACGCACUCGCCUACAGGUGCAAAGGGGGCGCUCUCUGUACGGCGGCACGUUAGACGCCUUCGUGAAGAUCCUGCAGCGAGAGGGUCCGCGAGGCCUGUACCGCGGCUUCAUGGUCAACUCCUUCACGCUGAUCUCGGGUCAGGCCUACAUCACCACGUACGAGCUGGCCAGGAAGUACGUGUCGCGAUACUCCCAGGACAACACGCUCAAGUCGCUGGUGGCGGGCGGCUCGGCGUCGCUGGUGGCUCAGAGCAUCACGGUCCCCAUCGACGUGGUGUCGCAGCAGCUGAUGAUGCAGGGGCAGGAAGGACACCCCACCCGCUUCUCACUCAACAAGUCUGACCCUGCAGCGGGGGCGAAGAGCCGCAGGGUGUUCUUCGGUCCGACCAGAGACAUCAUGGCUCAGAUCCUGGCGGUGGACGGCGUGCGGGGCUUUUACAGAGGAUACGUGGCCUCUCUGCUCACGUACAUUCCCAACAGUGCAGUGUGGUGGCCCUUCUACCAUUUCUACGCAGAGCAGUUGUCGCGGAUAGCGCCCUCUGACUGUCCUCACCUGGUACUGCAGGCGGUGGCUGGACCUCUGGCUGCGGUCACUGCCUCCACCGUCACCAACCCCAUGGACGUGGUGCGCGCCAGAGUCCAGGUGGAGGGCAGGAGCUCGGUGGUGGAGACUUUCAAGCAGCUGGUCUCUGAAGAGGGGGUCUGGGGUCUGACCAAAGGACUGUCGGCUCGCAUCCUCUCCUCUGGUCCCACCGCCUUCGUCAUGGUGGUCGGCUACGAGACGCUCAAGAAGAUGAGUCUGAGGCCAGAGCUGCUGGACUCCAGGCACUGGUAA